AUGGCACCAGCACGAGCUUCGACGCGUGCUAAAGCAACCACCGCAAAAGCACCCACGAAAGCAAAGCCUUCGACUACGAUGGCCAAAAAGGCCGGAGUGAAGAAGACGGCUCCGGUAUCUACUACUAAGAAGAAGACUACAGCUUCUACAGCCGAAACAAAGAAGACAAAACUCAAGACUGAUGCUGCAAGGGCUGCCGUUGGCGCCAGCGCGAAAGCUACCACUAAGCGCAAGAUGGCAUCGAAUACCCGCGCAGCGGACGCUGUAGAAGGAGCUCCGGCUCCUCCAGCCCGCAAGCGCAAGACCUCCGCCGAAGAAGAGGUAGAAAAGGCGGCUGUUGAGCCAAAACCCAAGAAGGCUCGCGUCGCAAAGGCCCCCGUCACCCGCAAACCCAAGCCAAAAGUGGUGAUAAACAAGGCUCCCUCGCAAAAACUGAGAGUUUUUGUUUGCGGAGAAGGUAGCCAGGGAGAGCUUGGCCUUGGAUCCGCUAAGGGAACUGUUGACGUGAAGCGCCCACGUCUGAACGCCCUAUUGGCAGCCGAGGAUGUCGGCGUGGUCCAAGUUGCCGCGGGUGGGAUGCACUGCGUUGCGCUGACCCACGACGGCAAGGUUCUCACCUGGGGUGUCAAUGACCAAGGGGCUUUGGGUCGUGACACCACCUGGGAGGGCGGCCUGAAGGAUAUUGACGAUGCGAAGAGCGAUUGCAGUUCCGACAGUGGCAGUGAUAGCGGCCUGAACCCCCAUGAGUCCACCCCAACAGCCCUUCCAUCCGACGCGUUUCCUGAGGAGACCAUCAUCGUUCAGGUUGCCGCCGGCGACAGCUCGUCGUUCGCGCUCACUGACGAUGGCUUGGUGUAUGGCUGGGGUACAUUCAGAGGAAAUGAAGGAAUCCUAGGCUUUGAUGCCGAGACCAAGGUUCAGGCCACUCCGAAACUGAUCCCUGGCCUCAAGAAGAUUACUCAUAUUGCUUGUGGUGACAACCAUGCCCUCGCUAUCGACAGCCGUGGCGCCGUCUUUGCAUGGGGAUCUGGCCAGCAGAACCAGCUUGGCCGCCGCAUUGUUGAACGUAACAAGCUCAACGGACUACAACCUCGCGAAUUUGGUCUUCCAAAGAACAUAGUCCAUGUGGGCUGUGGCUCAUUCCAUUCGUUUGCCGUUCAUAAAUCUGGCAAAGUUUACGGCUGGGGUUUGAACAGUUACUGCGAAACUGGCAUCCAGCAAGGUGCUGGAGAUGAUGAAGCUGUCAUUCUUCACCCCACUGUCAUCGACUCCCUCAAUGACAAGAGCAUUGUUCAGAUUUGCGGGGGCUCUCACCACACCAUUGCUCGCACAGCUGAUGGAGAAUGUCUAGCUUGGGGCCGUAUCGACGGCUUCCAAUCUGGCCUCAAGGUCGAUACCCUGUCCGAUUCUGCUGUUAUCAAAGAUGAUAGGGACCGUCCUCGUGUUUUGUUUGAACCCACUGCCGUUCCUGGCUUCAAAGCAGACUAUGUUGCAGCUGGUGCAGACCAUUCUAUUGCCAUCGACAACGAAGGUCGCGCGUGGACCUGGGGCUUCUCUGCCAACUACCAGACGGGGCAAGGAACCGACGAUGACAUUGAGGUUGCCACUAUCGUUGACAACACUGCUGUCCGCGGGAAAAAAUUGAACACUGCCGGCGCUGGUGGGCAGUUCUCUAUCUUUACCGCGGUUGCCGAAUAA